CAUAGCAUAGCAGCCGCAGACCAACAAUGGCGAUUCGAGCCCUGACUGAAAACCAUCCUCCUCUUCCGACCCCCAAAGACCUCCUCACCUACCGAUAACUCCCCGACUCCGAUCUCCACCGUCGUCGCCGACCUCACCACUACCACAUCUAUCGAUCUCUCUCCUCGGUGAAGUCUUCACCGCACCAACCCACCUUGCCGCCGCCGCACCGAGCUCUCGGGCUCGCAGCAAAACCUUAUCGCAAUAUCUCUGGACUCUGGUCCUCAACAGAUUUCCAAAAACAUUUCUAAAUCCUUGGCUAACUAGUUUUUAACCUCACUAGUUAACAGUUCACUUCCCAUCAGAAAAAACGACCAAAAAAUCCAAGCUUUAGUAGCAGAACAACAAUGGCGAUUCGAGCCUUGAAAACCAUCCUCUUCCCAACCCCAAUGCAAAAACCUUCUUUUCUUCAUCUCUCCAACUUCUCGACCUACUCAACGCCUGAUAACCCCCAGUCUAUGAUCUCCACCGUCGUCGCCGUCCUCACUCACCAGCGCUCCAAAUCCCGCUGGGCCCACCUCCGCUCUCUCCGCCCCAAUGGCUUCGCCCCUUCAGAGUUUUCCCAAAUCGCCCUCCACCUCAAAAACAAUCCCCAUCUUGCCCUUCGCUUCUUCCUCUGGACCCACCGGAACUCCCUCUGUGACCAUAAUCUCUCCUCCUACUCAACCCUAAUUCACAUCCUCGCUCGCGGACGCCUCAAGCGCCAAGCCCUAAUUGUCCUUCGUGACGCAAUUAGGGUUUCCAGGUUGGAAAAUGGUGAGCUCGAAUCGAAGCCGCUGAAGGUUUUCGAAACCCUAGUCAAGACCUACAGGCAAUGCGGAUCGGCGCCGUUCGUGUUUGAUUUGUUAAUCGAAGCUUGUCUCGAUUUGAAGAAGAUAGAUUCUUCGAUUGAGAUCGUGAGAAUGUUGAUUUCUCGCAGAAUUAGCCCUAGAUUCAGCACCUGCUGUUCUUUAAUACAACAGGUUUCGCAACGUCAUGGACCUAAUGAAGGAUACAAGAUGUAUAAAGAGAUUUUUGGGUCGAAUUGUGGAGCUGUUGAGCCAAGUGUGGAGAUUUUCAAUACUUUAAUGGUGGCUUUUUAUCAAGAUGGUAUUUUUGAGAAAGUGAAGGAGAUUUGGGAACAAAUGUUGGGAUUGAAUUGUGAUCCUAAUUGUUAUAGCUAUAGCAUUUUGAUGGCAGUUUAUUGCGAUGAAGGGAAAAUGGAUGAGGCAGAGAAUUUGUGGGAGGAAAUGAGGGCAAAGAACGUGGAAUUUGAUGUUGUGGCUUACAACACUAUAAUUGGUGGGUUUUGUGGGAUUGGAGAGGUUGAAAAAGCUGAAGAAUUUUUUAGAGAAAUGGGGUUGAGUGGGCUAGACGGUAGUGCCACCACAUAUGAACAUUUUGUCAAAGGGUAUUGCAAAGUGGGAAAUGUUGAUUCUGCUUUGCUUGUGUUUAAGGAUAUGUUGAGGACAGGCUUUAGGCCUGAGGGUUUGACAAUGGAGCGGCUGAUUAGAGGGCUUUGUGAAAAGAGUAGGGGUUUAGAAGCUUGGGAGAUUUUGAGAGUUGCAAAGGGGCGGUUCGGGUUUUGUCUGAUGAGGAAGAGUCUUGAGUUUUUGGUAAUGGGGUUGUGCCAGGAGGGGAAGAUGGGAGAGGCUCUCAAACUUCAGAGGCAGAUGGUUUCGGAAGGGUUUGAACCGAAUUGUGAGAUUUAUGAUGCUUUUAUUUCUGGGUAUAUGGAGCAAGGGAAUGUGGAAAUGGCAGAGAAGUUGAGGAUGGAAAUGUUGGAAAUUGGGGUGUGAGGAUAUGAGGGUUAGGUGAUUUUGAUCAUAUGAUGUGGCUUGAGAAUUGCAAUUCAAGUGUAUAUCACUAGACCAUCUUUUGCAAACGACCAAAAAUAAGGUCACCAGAGAAUUGUAUGUAAAUAAAAUUAUUUUGUUAAUGUACGUAUGAUGUGU